AGAAUAAAACAGGCGGUGGCUGCUGGCUUCAUAUAGGAAAAUAAAAUGUUUACUUUGUUCCAGCUAACAUAAAUAAAUGAACAGCAACAGCAGAUAAACCUUUUUCUGUUUCCAAAAAAAUGUGCUUUCGCCAUUGUUUUUAAGAAUUUUACUACAAAACAAUGACCGUUAUAACAGACAAAUGAAAAAGAAAGCCCCCCUUGUAAUAAUAAAUCCCUCUGGUCACCUUCGUUUAAAUGCAACUAUCUUGAGUUGUUCUUCUUCUUUUGUGUCUCUUAAUUACAAGGGAGCCCUUUCAAUAAAAGUCAUCCUUUCUUGUUUGUUUCCAGUCUCCGGAAUGUCAAACGCCUCUCCUUACCGGCAAAUCUUUCUCCGUUUGUGUCUUCUGUUCUGUUUCUCCUUGCCUUGUUGUGUAAAAUCUGAUGAAGUCCAAAUAUUGUUGAACCUGAAAUCUGCUCUUAAUAAAUCAAACACCAAUGUUCUUGAUUCAUGGUGGGCUGCCAAUUCUGUCUGCAGCUUCAAUGGAAUCACUUGCAACGCUGAAGGGUCGGUUAAGGAAAUCGAGCUUUCAAGUCAGAAGCUGACGGGUGUUCUUCCUUUGGAUUCAAUAUGCCAGCUUCAAUCCUUGGAUAAGCUUUCCUUGGGGUACAAUUUAUUGUAUGGUGCAAUCACAAAAGAUUUGGGUAAUUGUGUAAAGCUUCAAUAUCUGGAUCUUGGAAACAAUAUUUUUACGGGUUCAUUUCCGGAUAUAUCUACUCUCAGCGAAUUACAGUACCUUUAUUUGAAUGGAAGCGGAUUCUCUGGUCCUUUCCCAUGGAAAUCGCUUGAAAACAUGACCAAUCUUGCUGUUCUGAGCCUCGGGGACAAUCCUUUUGACCGGACUCCAUUUCCUGAUCAGAUUCUGAAGCUGAAGAAACUGAAUUGGCUUUAUUUGGCGAAUUGCAGCAUUGAAGGGAAGAUUCCUCUAGCAAUUGGAGAUCUCAUCGAGCUUAUGGAAUUAGAGCUCCAAGACAAUUAUUUAUCUGGAGAAAUUCCGGUGGAGAUUGGAAAGCUUCAAAAUCUCUGGCAGCUUGAGCUUUAUAGCAAUGAAUUGACAGGAAAACUUCCUGUUGGAUUAAGAAAUCUGACAAAACUAGAAUAUUUCGAUGCCUCAGCCAAUAAUCUUGAAGGAGAUAUCUCAGAAGUGAGGUAUUUGUCCAAUCUGGUAAGUCUGCAACUCUUUGAGAACCAGUUUACAGGUGAAGUACCACCCGAGUUGGGUGAAUUCAAGAAACUGGUGAAUCUGUCUCUUUACACCAACAUGUUGACUGGUCCUCUGCCUCAAAAUCUAGGUUCUUGGGCUGAUUUCGACUACAUCGAUGUAUCAGAAAAUUUCUUGACUGGACCAAUUCCUCCAGACAUGUGCAAGAAAGGAACCAUGACGAGGCUUCUUAUGCUUCAGAACAGGUUCACCGGAGAAAUUCCAGUGACUUAUGCAAGUUGUAACACUUUAGUGCGGUUUAGAGUCAGUAACAACUCGCUUUCGGGGAGAGUCCCGGCUGGAAUAUGGGGAUUACCAAACGUGGAUAUUAUUGACAUUGCUUACAAUCAAUUUGAAGGUCCAAUUACAUCUGAUAUCAAGAACGCAAAAGAGAUUGGUAUACUGUCAGCUGCAUACAAUCGGUUAUCAGGAGAGUUGCCAGAAGAGAUUUCAGAAGCUACAUCUUUGGUUGCAAUUCAACUGAACAACAAUCAGAUUUCAGGGAAAAUCCCUGACGGAAUUGGGGAACUGAAAACAUUGAGCAGCCUUCAAUUGCAAAACAACAGGUUAUCUGGUUCUAUACCAGAGUCACUAGGUUCUUGUGCUUCCAUCAGUGACAUAAACAUGGCUAAUAAUUUUCUUUCUGGCCAAAUCCCAUCGUCUUUAGGAUCUUUGUUGACAUUGAACUCUCUGAAUUUGUCUGGAAAUGAACUUUCCGGUGAAAUUCCAGAGAGCUUGUCGAAUCUCAAGCUGAACCUUUUUGAUCUAUCCUAUAAUCAGUUAUCUGGUCCUAUACCACAGUCUCUCUCCAUUGAAGCAUAUAAUGGUAGCUUGGCUGGAAACGCUGGCCUUUGCAGUUCAACUGUCAGAUCUUUCAAGCAAUGUCCACCAGAUUCUGGCAUGUCUAAAAAUGUUCGUACGCUUAUAGUUUGUUUCGCUCUUGGUGCAACGAUCUUGCUUGCUUCGCUAGGAUGUUUCUUACAUUUAAGGAGGAAAGAAAAAGAUCAGGGCCGUUCUUUGAAGGAAGAAUCUUGGGAUGUUAAGCCUUUCCAUGUGUUAACUUUCACUGAAGAUGAAAUUCUUGAUUCCAUCAAGCAAGAGAAUCUGAUUGGAAAAGGAGGGUCUGGGAAUGUAUACAAAGUAAUGCUUUCUAAUGGUGUGGAACUUGCUGUGAAACACAUAUGGAACACAGAUUCUCAUGGCCGCAGAAAGAGCCGGAGUACUACCCCAAUCCUCAGCAAACGUGCAGGAAAGGAAAAGGAAUUUGACGCGGAGGUCCAGACAUUGAGCUCAAUAAGACAUGUCAAUGUGGUUAAGCUUUACUGCAGCAUUACAAGUGAAGACUCAAGCUUGUUGGUGUACGAAUACUUGCCUAAUGGGAGCUUGUGGGAUCGAUUGCACACAAGUCGGAAAAUGGAGCUUGAUUGGGAUACUAGGUAUGAGAUUGCAGUUGGAGCAGCUAAGGGACUAGAGUACCUUCAUCAUGGAUGCGAGAGGCCAGUUAUCCACCGGGAUGUCAAAUCUAGUAACAUAUUACUGGAUGAGUUUUUGAAGCCAAGGAUUGCUGAUUUUGGACUUGCCAAGAUUGUUCAGGCCAAUGGUGGUAAAGACUCCACCCAAGUCAUUGCAGGCACCCAUGGCUACAUAGCUCCUGAAUAUGGUUACACCUACAAGGUUAACGAGAAGAGCGAUGUGUACAGCUUUGGAGUGGUAUUAAUGGAGCUAGUGAGUGGAAAGAGACCAAUCGAACCAGAGUAUGGAGAUAACAAGGACAUAGUGACUUGGGUCUGCGGCAAAAUAAAAAAUAAAGAGGGUGUUUUAAGUAUAGUGGACCCAAGAAUCCCUGAUGCUCUCAAAGAAGAUGCUGUCAAGAUGUUGAGAAUUGCCAUUUUGUGCACGGCCACACUGCCGGCCCCUAGACCCACCAUGAGAGCCGUAGUUCAAAUGCUGGAAGAGGCUGAACCAUGCAAAUUGGUCGGCAUUGUUGUCGGUAAGGACAGUGACCAGAAGAAAACGGAAUCAAUGGAUUCUACUACUGAUCAGAAGUUCAAUCUACUGUUAUAAAUCUUGUAAGCAAUUUUGUAACAUGUGUUAGGUAAUUUCAUCAGCUGUGAUCAGUUGUAAAGUAAUAGCUAGAGCCUGUAGUCGGCUGCUAUGGUUUGUAAUCACAAAUAAUUUUCCAUGAUGGAGGCUAAUCUCCAAGGGAAAACAUAUGAGGCAAGAAAUGCCAAUUAGUGUUUUUGUGAUCUUGUAAAAUUAUUGUCUGAAUCACCAUUGGAAAUGGAAAUUGACCCUUGUUUGUCUCUGAAACAAGUUGAUUCAUCAGAUUUCGGAACUACCAAAGAUGUUGCGUCUACUCCAAAAUAUGAAAAAACUAUUCGUAAAGUCAACAGAAAGCAAUUUCGUAUGGCAACAACUUUUAGCUGACCAAUCAAGCAAGAUCAAAGUUAAUUGUUCUUGAACCCAAAGCUUGAUUUAUCCGAGCCUCAACCAUCUUUAUUUG